UCUCAUUUCUCUUUCUCAUUCCUCUAUCUCACCGCCAUUCAACGCCGGCGUUACACCGUUCACCACCGUGCCGGACUUCCAUUGUCAAAAUCAACGGGGUACUUAACCAUUUCACGUCUAUUUUAUUGUGCAGAAAAUUGCAGGAUUUUUUAGCUUUUAUAAGAAGAUCGGCGUUUUAGGAUCCCUGAACCAUGUUUCACUUCCUGGGCAUUCUUGUCUUCCAUAAUCGACGCUGUAAGAUCAUCUGAAAACAAUAUACUUCACAAAUCAUGGCUUCAAAAUCUUAUGCAAACAUUUUGGAUUUGGAUCCUGACAAGCUAUUGGAUAUCCCUCAAACUCCCCGAGCUCUUCCACGAGUGAUGACCAUACCCGGAAUCAUCGCUGGUGUAGACAGCUAUGGUAACGACUGUGAUUCAGAGAGCACCUCAUCUAGUUGUCGAGAGAGAAAAAUCAUCGUGGCCAAUAUGUUACCUUUGCAUAUUCAGCGUGAUCCCGAUACUCUAAAAUUGACCUUCAGUUUUGACGAGGAUUCCCUUUUAUGGCAAUUAAAAGACGGGUUUUCUCCCGAAAGUGAGGUCGUUUAUAUAGGUUCACUCAAGGUUGAAGUCGAUGCUCGUGAACAAGAAGAAGUUGCUCAGAAACUUCUAGAUGAAUAUAAUUGUGUUCCGACUUUUCUUCCUUAUGAGCUUCAUAGAAAGUUUUAUGGUGGUUUUUGUAAACACCAACUGUGGCCACUCUUUCAUUAUAUGCUUCCAAUGUGUCCAGAUCAUGCCGAUCGGUUUGAUCGUGUUCUUUGGAAGGCGUAUGUAUCUGCAAAUAAAAUAUUCGCCGAUAAAGUUAUGGAAGUAGCUAACCCGGAGGACGAUUAUAUCUGGGUUCAUGAUUAUCAUCUUAUGAUCCUACCUACGUUCUUGAGGAAUCGUUGUAAUCGAGUCAAACUCGGUUUCUUUCUCCAUAGCCCGUUUCCUUCAUCGGAAAUAUAUCGAACUUUGCCGGUGAGAGAUGAGAUUCUGAAAGGACUCCUCAACUGUGACCUAAUCGGAUUCCAUACGUUCGAUUAUGCUCGUCACUUCUUGUCGUGCUGCAGUCGAAUGAUGGGUCUUGAUUAUGAAUCUAAACGAGGACACAUUGGACUCGAUUAUUUCGGUCGCACAGUGUAUAUUAAAAUUCUUCCGGUAGGUAUUCAUAUGGGACGGCUUGAAUCCGUGUUGAAUCUUCCGAUUACGUUGCGGAAAGUGAAAGAGAUCGCCGAACGUUUCAAGGGGAAGAAAUUGAUCGUUGGGGUUGAUGACAUGGAUAUAUUUAAAGGGAUCAGUCUUAAACUAUUGGCGUUCGAAUAUCUCUUGCAGAUGCAUCCCGCUCUGCGCGAUAAAUUGGUUUUGAUCCAAAUCGUGAACCCGGCGAGGAGUGCCGGAAAAGAUGUCCAAGAAGCGAAAAUGGAAACCUAUCUAAUUUUGAACAGGAUCAAUGAGGCUUAUGGUUCACCUGAUUACCAGCCAGUCGUUUUGAUCGACCGACCGGUUGCUCGUUAUGAGAAAUCGGCGUAUUAUUCUAUGGCCGAUUGUUGCAUAGUGAAUGCAGUUCGGGAUGGAAUGAAUUUGGUACCCUAUAAAUAUAUUGUUUGCAGGCAAAACUCACCUCAUUCGGAUGAUGAAACGGCUCUUCGUACUAGCAUGUUGGUUGUGUCGGAAUUUGUUGGCUGUUCGCCUUCUUUAAGUGGUGCUAUACGGGUUAACCCGUGGGAUAUUGAAUCAGUUGCUGUAGCUAUAAAUUCCGCUAUUAUUAUGAAGGAAUCCGAGAAGCAAUUGAGGCAUGCAAAACACUAUCGGUAUGUAAGUUCUCAUAACGUGGCUUAUUGGGCUCGUAGCUUUAUGCAAGAUCUAGAACGAGCAUCGAAAGAUCAUUAUAACAAGCGUUGUUGGGGUAUCGGUUUCGGUUUGGGAUUUAGAGUUGUUUCUUUGUCUCCGGGUUUCAGAAAACUGUCUCCUGACUGUAUCGUCUCGGCAUAUAGACGGUCAAACAGACGGGCGAUAUUUCUGGAUUAUGAUGGGACCCUUGUUCCUCAUUCGUCUAUCGUCAAAACUCCCAGCCCGGAACUCAUCACGAUUUUGAAUACUUUGUGUGACGACCCGAAAAAUACGGUGUUUAUUGUUAGCGGAAGAGGGAAAGGUUCAUUGAGCGAGUGGCUUGCCCCGUGUGCACGGCUAGGUGUAGCUGCUGAACAUGGGUAUUUCAUAAGGUGGAGUAGAACUUCGGAUUGGCAGCCCGAUCUUGUACCUAUGGAGCUCGAGUGGAAGGAAAUUGCAAAACCUGUGAUGGAACUUUAUAGAGAGGCGACUGAUGGUUCUACGAUCGAGAUCAAAGAAAGUGGUCUCGUGUGGCAUCAUCAAGACGCCGACCCCGACUUUGGUUCUUGUCAAGCUAAGGAGUUGUUGGUUCAUUUAGAAAAUGUGCUUGCCAAUGAACCAGCAGUCGUUAAACGAGGCCGACACAUAGUUGAAGUCAAACCUCAGGGUGUAAGCAAAGGAUUAGUAGCAGAAAAGGUUCUUUCUACAAUGACUGAAAAUGGAGAACCUCUCGACUUCGUGACGUGCAUUGGUGACGAUCGAUCAGAUGAAGACAUGUUUGAAAGCAUCAUGAACACGGUUUCAAGUGCCGAGAUAUUUGCUUGUACAGUCGGACGCAAACCGAGCAAAGCCAGGUAUUAUCUUGACGAUACUGUAGAUGUCGUUAGAUUGCUUGCCGGGCUAGCUAACGCUUCUGAUCCUAAACCUAGUAGUAAUCCGGCCCGGUUUCACGUUACUUUCGACACGGGUUUUUGAGGUACAGCAACAUGAACAUGUACAGUUUUUAGUUUUUUUUUCCCGGUUUCGGGUUUAGGAUUUGGUCAGCAUUUUCUGGCAUUUGGAUGAGUCUUUGAUGCCAAUUAAGUUUCUAGUCAAGUUUUGGCUUUAUCUUUUAUAUAAGUUUUGAGUCUAUAAUUUUCUUCCAAGUCUU